GGCAGCUUUCUUUUUCUCUAGCAUACGCUGAGCUGCUAGCGGCUGCCCAGCAGCUUGUGAAUCAGAAGGGAUUCUCAGCUUCUGUUUAUUUUCCUGUUGUUGUUUUUAUCUCUCUCAGUCGGAGGGAAAUAGAAACACUGGCAGACACCUUCACCCAGACCUCCUGUCCUCAGUUUUGACACUUCAGUUUUCCCUUCUGGUCCGAAGGCAAUAACUUCCAGACUUCAGCAAAGAAGCAGAAAGAUCUAUUCCUUCCCUCGCCAGAAGAGACAGUGCAGAUCCGUUUAUCUGAAGAAAUGGAUACUUCUCCCUCCAAAAAAUAUCCUGUUAAAAAACGUGUGAAAAUACACCCCAACACAGUGAUGGUACAAUAUACUUCUCAUUACCCCCAACCAGGAGAUAGUGGAUAUGAAGAAAUAAAUGAAGAUUAUGGAAGCUUUAUGGAGGAAAAUCCCAAGAAAGGACUUCUGAGUGAAGUGAAAAGAAAAGGAAGAACUUUCUUUGGGACCAUGGAUAGUCGAACCCCACCAACUGAAGACCCAAAAGUGAACGAGAUCGAACAAUUCCACAGCUUUGCAGAAAGAAACAUUUUUCAGUCUAGAAAGACUUGGAUAGUGUUGUUUGGAUCUGCUUUGGCUCAUGGAUGUGUGGCCCUUAUCACUAGACUUGUUUCUGAUCGUUCCAAAGUGCCAUCUCUAGAACUGAUUUUCAUUCGAUCUGUCUUACAGGUAUUUUCUGUGUUGGUUGUGUGUUACUACCAAGAACCCCCUUUUGGACCCAGAGGAUAUAGACUGCGGCUCUUUUUCUAUGGUGUAUGCAAUGUCAUCUCUAUCACCUGUGCUUAUACAUCUUUCUCAAUAGUUCCUCCUAGCAAUGGAACCACUAUGUGGAGAGCAACAACCACUGUAUUUAGUGCUAUUUUAGCUUUUUUGCUGGUAGAUGAACGAAUGGCUUACAUUGAUAUGGCUACAGUUAUCAGCAGUAUCUUGGGUGUUUGCCUUGUCAUGAUCCCCAACAUUGUUGAUGAAGAGAACUCUUUGCUGAAUGCCUGGAAAGAAGCAUUUGGGUACACCAUGACAGUAAUGGCAGGACUGACCACUGCUCUUUCCAUGAUAGUAUACAGGUCCAUCAGGGAGAAGAUCAGUAUGUGGACUGCCUUAUUUACCUUUGGUUGGACUGGGACAGUCUGGGGAGUAUCCACUAUGUUCAUUCUUCAAGAACCCAUCAUCCCAUUAGAUGGAGAAACCUGGGGAUAUCUCAUUGCCAUAUGCAUCUGUUCUACUGCAGCUUUCCUGGGAGUUUAUUAUGCAUUAGAUAAAUUUCAUCCAGCUCUGGUUAGCACAGUGCAACACCUUGAGAUUGUGGUGGCUAUGAUCUUACAGCUUCUAGUGCUACACAUUUUCCCCAGUGUCUAUGAUGUCUUUGGAGGGGCAAUCAUCAUGAUUAGUGUUUUUGUCCUUGCUGGUUAUAAACUUUAUUGGAGAAAGUUAAAAAGGGAGGACUAUCAAGAGAUACUUGAUUCUCCCAUUAAAUGAGACUUGAUUUUCAUGUUCUGAAUCAUGUUCAAUUAUGUGCACUGCCAUGUUGUAUUCAUGUAUCAAUGUUUUUUGUGUUGUAUAAUGGACAGAGUUCUAUGUAACAUAUA